AUGGGGUUUUUAUCGGUUUCAACGAGGCACGGUGCCGACUGCCGACGUGGAGUUUGGGAGGAGCUCGACUUUUGCCGCUUGUCGAGGAAGCCGGUGUUCGUGAAAGUGGAUCAAUUGAAGCCGGGGACGAAAGGGCACACGCUUGCAGUGAAGGUUCUCGAGUCGAAGACAGUGCUGCAGAAGGGCAAGGCGGCAUCUGCACAUCUACGACAGUCGAAGAUUGCCGAAUGCAUCGUUGGAGAUGAGACGGGGACCAUCAUUUUCACUGCCCGCAACGAUCAGGUUGAUAUGAUGAAGGCUGGCGCCACAGUGAUUCUCCGCAACGCGAAGAUUGAUAUGUUCAAGGGGUCCAUGAGGCUGGCUGUGGACAAGUGGGGGCGUGUCGAGGUCACCGAACCCGCGAGCUUCACCGUCAAGGAAGAUAACAAUCUGUCUUUAGUGGAGUAUGAGUUGGUUAAUGUGGCCGAAGAGUGAAAAUAAUUCUUAAUCCGCUCCCACCACCACCCCACUGUUAUACAAAAUAUAUUUGGAUGGACAGAAAGGCUUUUAUGUAUCCCCUCCCUGAUCAUUUAACAAGGCAAUUUGUGUUAUGUGGGCAAGCUUUUCUUA